CGCGUACAAAGCGGACGCAGAAAGCGUGCACAUUACAUCAGUACACAAAAUGUGGGCAGGCACGCACGGGGCUGGCUAAAGCGACCCAGUUUAUGCCAUGUUUCUUCCAUAAUAACCGCUCUAAAAAAAAAUGACGACGAAAUGUCAGGGUUCUGUGCAUCUGUGGCUGUUCCUUCUGGUGAUGACAUUUGCCGGUCUUGCUUCCCUGACGCUACUGAGCCUUAACGCUGCGAAAGGGAACUCCACGCCGCUCGAAACUGGAUUCGGCGGUCGAUUCGAUAAACUGCUUGGAGUAAACUCGGACGGCAGUGGCCGCCAUGCUAGAUCUUUCCCCUGGGAUCCCGACCCGCGGGACGACAACACAAACCCGGACGAACCCAACCCGAGAAUCUUGAUACGGGUUCCGCGGAGAGACACCCUUUGGGAGACGCUCUUCGGCCGGGCGUUCGGAAGACGUGACGGCAGCGAUACAGCGAGAAACACGGCGCCUCGACCUCAGGCCUUAACCAAUGACACCGUUAUCCAACACCCGAAGGCGAGGAGCAAAAGAGCACCCCGCAGAAUGAGACACCGCCCAAGGAAACACCACCGGAGUCGCGCCAGAAAACAGUAUGUGGUCAACGGGAAAGUGUACGGCCAAAAGGCAAGGCUGGAAGAGGGCGCUACCGAACCGCCCCCUAGAGUUAUCGAUCGGUUGCAACACAUGCGUCGCCGGUUCCGGAAGCCCAAGAAACAGCGCCACCAGCGGCGAAAGAAGAAGAAAGGGAAGAGGAAGAAGAAGAAGAAAAAGAAGGCCAAGAAGAGCCGCAAACAACUCCUGAAUGAGAUGAUUAAACGGCAGAAGGCAAAGAAAAAAUCAAAACCGAACUUCAGGGGCCGGGCGUCUGCGAAGUACGCCAGACAUCAGAAGCGUUUCCGGUCCAAAAAGAUGAAAAGAAAACGUUACCGUCCCGCCACAUACCGAGUCGCGGUUCGCAAGCCGAAAAAGGAACCCUGGAAACAGAGAAGGAAGUGGACACCGAAGGUGAUCAAGAGGAGGAAACAACGGCGAAGGAGACCGAUCAAGGAGGGAUAUCGACGCCGGAAGCAAAAGAAGCGGUAUUUCAUGAAGAAAAGAGACGACCUUACGCGCGGCGUAGGAAAGGAUAGACCGGAACCAUCAAAACCGAACGUCAGGGGCCGGGCGUCUGCAAAGCCUGCAAAGCGUUUCCGGUCCAAAAAGAAGAAAAGAAAACGUUACCGUCCCACCACAUACCGAGUCGCGGUUCGCAAGCCGAAAAAGGAACCCUGGAAAAAGAGAAGGAAGUGGACACCGAAGGUGAUCAAGCGAAGGAAACCACGGCGAAGGAGAAAGAAACAACGGCGAAGGAGACCGAUCAAGCGGAGGAAACCACGGCGAAGAAGGACGAAACCACGGCGAAGGAGAUCGAUCAAGCAGAGGAAACCACGGCGAAUGAGACCGAUCAAGCGGGGACAACGCGCUCUACGCCGGAAACAAAAGAAGCGAUAUUUCAUGAAGAAGUUAAGAGAAGACGACUUUACGCGCGGCGUAGGAAAGGAUAGACCGGAACUAUGUAGGCCUUAUAGGAACGAGGGUGCUCGUUGUAAUGUUGUCGAAAAGUGUUAGUGAAAAGUUUAAUGGCAAUAUAAAUAGAAUCAAAUAUCGUUUACUGAGCAGUUAUUUUGGUAAACAAAGCGCGCGGCUAGUGACAGAAAGCAGGCGUACAGGCAAGCCUGGCACCACACGCGGUAGUACGUACCUACAUCUAAGGCCAAGUUCGGGCAAGGACGUACCUUACGCCUGCGCACUAACAGCAACGUGCAAACGUCUCUAGUCGAACGCUGGUCAAAAGGGCAUUGCAAAACUUUUGGAUCCUGGCUCCCUGCUGUACGUUAGUAAUGCGUGCGGCUAUUGAUUACCAGCGAUGCAACCAGCCCCAGAAGGUUGGUUCCAAAUAGUCGACUAGCGCAGUCACCCAACAGAGU